GCGUGGUGGGAACUUCCUUUUGUCGCGCGUGAGUUUUCCGGGGUUUGUUUAAAGUCCAUCUGAGUUUCAGUACCUGAAGAACCCUAAUUUUGUUUGGCUGAAAUCGGAAUCAGGAAUGGUGUUGACAAGGAUUUCUUUAUACGAAAUCGUGAAAUCCCUGAAAAAAGCCGAGGAAGGUAGUAUAGGGCGUCAAACAAGAUGGAUCUCGAGCUUGAAAGUGGUAUGGAAGAAAGACACGAGGCUAGACGAAGCAAUCGAGAAAGACAAGCGUUACAAGCAGUGUGCUCGGGUGGUGAAAGAAGUGCUGAACGAACCUGGUCAGGUCAUUCCUCUCAGAUACCUUGAGAAACGCCGCGAGAGGUUACGCCUCACUUUCAAAGCUAAGAGCUUCGUUGAUAUGAACCCUUGUCUGUUCGAGAUUUACUACGACCGGAUCAAACCCAAGUCGGAGCCCGUUCAGUUCAUCCGCCCCACGCCUCGUCUCAGGGCUUUCCUCGUCGAUGAAGAGAGGAUUUACGCGGAGAAUGAGCCCUUGCUCGUUUCCAAGCUCUGCAGAUUGCUGAUGAUGGCCAAAGAUCAUGUUAUCUGUGCGGAUAAGCUUGUUCAUGUCAAGCGAGAUUUUGGAUUCCCCAAUGAUUUUCUGGUGAAACUGGUUCCUAAGUACCCUAAUUAUUUCAGGCUAAUUGGUUCACCUGAACAAGGUAAGUCCUUUCUCGAGCUCGUCUCUUGGAACCCUGAUCUCGCCAAAUCCACGAUUCAGCUGAGAGCACAAGACGAGACCCUUAAAACCGGUGUCCGGGUUCGACCCAAUUUCAAUGUGAAGCUGCCGUCCGGGUUUUUCCUUAGGAAGGAGAUGAGAGAGUGGACUAGGGACUGGUUAGAGCAAGACUACAUUUCACCAUACGAAGAUGUGUCUCAUUUAGACCAAGCCUCCAAGGAAAUGGAGAAACGAACUGUUGGUGUUGUCCACGAACUGCUCUCUCUGUCUCUUCUGAAGAGGGUCCCUGUCCCUACACUUGGCAAGUUCUGCGAUGAAUUCAGGUUUUCAAACGCCUUCUCGACUGUUUUCACUCGCCAUUCAGGUAUUUUCUACUUGUCACUUAAAGGAGGGAUCAAGACUGCUGUGUUGAGAGAAGCUUAUAAAGACGAUGAGCUUGUUGAUAGAGAUCCUUUGCUUGCUAUUAAGGACAAGUUCCUGAGGUUAUUGGAGGAUGGAUGGCAAGAAAGGAAAGAUAGACUGAAACAACACAGGGAACAAGUUCAGAAAGAUAGGGACUUGUUGUUAGCAGCGGAAAGCAAUGAGCCCAUAGAGCGUCUCUGUGACUAGCUAACAUUCAACCCUCUGGGCUGUCCUCUGUUUUUCCUUUAUAUCUAGCCUUACUUCUUGGCCGUUAGGUUGGAUGAUCAACUUUGUCAGUUUUGGUUAUUUAGAGCAAAGAAAUCAGUGUUAUUCGUCUGUUUCAAUCGCAGUCUUGAAUUCAAUCGCUUGUUUCCUCUCCCUCUCAAGGAGUGGAUCGCAGUUAGAACGGUUUCAGUGACCACCAAAUAUGAUACAUAUUCACA